GGGAAGCUGGGGCAAGAGAGGCGGGGCCAUGGGGCGCACUGGCUUCAGAAUCAGGGUGGGACCUCAGGCCUUAGUUCGCGGGGACUUCGGGCUGGAACAGGGCCUCAGAGACCCCGCCGGAGGCCUCCUGGCCCCACACGGGCGGUUCGCUCCGAAGCGGCCUCUCCGCUCCCGGGGCGCUGGGAGGGGCGCUCUGCCCACCGCAGCCCCACCCGGAGCCCGUUCCGGCGGGGCCGCCCGGCUAGAGGGCGGCUCCGGGCGCCCGCGGUCUAUGCCCGGGGACCCAGGCCUCUGUGGCCCGUCCAUCCCGGCUUCUUCCCCCCCAGGCCAAAGGGCCUCCGUCGGGCUCCGGCCGGGACCUGCGGGCGCUGCUCGGACGCCGAAGCGAGCUCCUGGAUAAGAGACCAGGAUGGACAAAACCUUGAUGUUGGUCUUGGGAGACCCUAAGCCACACUUGCCAGACUCCAGACCUACAGCUCUGUAAGACAAUAAAUGGCUCUUGUCCCAAGCAGCUAAAUUUGUGGCCACUGUUACAGCAGCAAAAGGAAAUUCAUCACCAUGUGGACACUUUCCCAGAAUCAGUGCAGGAGGGGCUGCAGAGCUGAAGCUCCCUGAACUUGGGGCAGGUCCCCCUUUGGCGUGGACCUGUUACCAAUGUGGGGGACUCGUCCUACUUUGUGUCAAGCUUGAUAACUGCUUCACCUUCUUUAGAACGGACAGUGACUGUCACCCCAGAGACAUGCCAAGGCACACGACCAGGACCGCCAGCUCUCAAGUCCCUGACACCUGCAUUCUACAUGGAGCUCGAAUUUGCCCCCAGGCAGAGGGCUUUCCCCACCAUGCCCCGGUGGUCCACAAGGCCAUGGGAAGACAGCACGCCCUUCCCGGGUUCCCAGCACCAGGGUUGCCGUUAACCAGGGGACAUACUUAGGCAGCGGGGCGGGGAAAGUGUGCUGGGAAGUUGUGAAGGGUCUGAAGCUCACCUGUCGGAAGGCUGGGAUGGAGGAGUCUGUAGAGGGAGUUCCAGAGUGGAGAAGAAGCCUUAGAAGACUGAGGGCUCCUAGCAACCUGACCUUAAUUGCAUAAGCAUUUCCUACCCAAUUCCAGGCUAGAUUCCACCCAAGAUCACAGGCCUCUCUGGUGCAGCCACACCCACAGCUCGCACCUCUGCCAGCCCCGUGUCAGUGCCUGAUAUCCCCAGCCCAGAGGGGUCCCUGGCAUCCACCCCAGCCCGUGCUGCAGCUCCUGACUGCCAGGCCCACUGCAUGGCCCCACGAGCAGCAUGUUUUUUCUAGAACUUAGGAACAAGGGAGAUGUCAUCCUCUGGCUUGUUAGUUCAUUUUUGGCAUAGAUGCCAGGAGUUACUGGGCUGGAAGGGAAUUUGUCCCAAAUCCACCCCCCACCCCGCUGGGUUUGGCUCAGCCUAGGUCUCACUCUUCAUGGCCUCAUCUCUCUGAGAAUUAGAGCUGUUCCCAGGUUGCCAUCUGCUAACCGAGAUUCUGCUCCAGCCCAGGCCCACCUUGAAUCCUCACCAGACUGCCUCUGGCCUGGGUAACCCACUCUGCGGACCAGCAUCUGCCCUGGGUCAUAGGGUGCUGACAGGAGAUGGAAUGGUCAUCCUUUUAGACUUGGCCAGGUCUUCCAACAGGGCUUUUCUCCUCACCCACCUGGCACUGCCCACCUGAUGUCUGGCAGUCUAUGAGCACUGCCAAUCUAAGUGAUAAAUUAAUCUCUACACUCCAAGUAUUCUCCGCCCAGCAGCCUGCCACCAGCAACUUUUCCCCAUUGGCAUUUGUGGCCUUGACUCUUCCAGGGACUGCUGUGGUUCGUCCCUAGCAAGAGGCUCCUGAGAAGGUGAGGGGAAAGCCCUCUGACUCCUCCCUGCCUGGCUCUGCUCAUCCUCCCCUGCUCCUUGUCCAGGCCCAGCGAGCCUCCCCGCUUCCUUCCUCUGUACCUCACCUCUGUCCACACAAGGGCAGGGUGCCCUGGAAAUGUCAACUCAUUCUGUUACCUCAUCCCACCUGAUCUUGGAAACUCAACUUGCUGUGAAUGUUACCAGGCGUAAGAUUUCACUUUUCCUUGCCAUGGUGUCCAGCUCUUGAAAAAUGUGUUAAUGAAGGCUUUUUCUUGAAUGAUUUGAAAACUGACUAGUGAUGACUGGUCUUUGACAAGCUCCAAGACAAAAAGUUACAUGAGCACCAACCUCUGAACACAACCCCAUUCUCCAGGGUCUGUCUUAUCUGAAACUCUGCCUCUUUCAGACCAAACACCUGUUUUCUGAAUGUUUUCUCACUGUGUGUAAUGUUAACACCUCUGCAUAACUUUCUAGUGGCUCACUUUCAACAGAAAUAGUUUAUAGUGGCCACUUCUGAGGAAUUUCAAUAUGGACAAAAUUCUGAGUAUACAAUGGUCUGCUUUAAUUGGUUUGAGCAGGAUUCUAAACACAAUUUGAAAUCAAAAAUUACCUCCGUAAAAUAUUCUUCAGCUAAAGCUAAUGAAAGACUUGGGAAUCUUCUCCCUCAUCAGCUCCUGUAGACAGUAUUCGGGAUUAGCUUCUGAUGUUGACAUGUCCAGUGGUCUUUCCAUAGUUUGUUAAAGGCUUCAGGUCAGAAAUCACAGAUAUGUUAGGUAAACAAAAAAUGCUGGCUGGUAAACCACUUUAUUGCACAAAUGUCAAUAUUUGGCUACAUUUUUAAAGGAGACUUUAGAUACCAAAAAACAAAAGAAGUCUCAUGAAGAAAUUAUUUGUCUUGUUUGCCUAAACAACAGAUAGUUAUGUUUCAUGCAGGAGACAUCAUAUCCCUCCAUUCCAUACAUUGAGAAUGAGUAAGUGCUGGCUUUAAAAAUCUUAUGCCUUGAUAAAAUUGUCAAGGACCCAAAUCAUGUCAAAACCAGAUACAUGACACUCUUUUGUCUGUGCUCGUCUAAACUCUCUCCUCUCUCCUCACAGAGAAGAAUGAUCAGCUCUUGUCUAAAGCCAGUUCCCUUUGUUUUAUCCUAUCCCACCUCCCCUCUUUUCCGUUUCUUGAAAACUUGAAUGGUUUAUUCAAAAAAUGCAUUCAUUGUUAUAGUUACACUCUAAGCAUAUUUAGAUCAGAUAAAGCCAAAAUUAUCUA